AUGGUAGUACAUACAUGUAAUAGAUAUGGAAAAAAUUUUCUUAAAUUAGCAAAACUUCCUCCAACACCAUUACUACAAAAUCCUACUACAAAUCAAAUUCCAACUCAAACCUAUGUUCUAGUAGGUGAUUUAAUUCAAUUAGAUGGCACACCUUCUUCACCUAUUCAAAAUAUAUUUUCAAACAAUGUUUCUUCGAAUCUUCCCCAAAAUGAUACAGAAUGGUUUGAUAAUAUGGAAGAUAGAUAUAAUGCAAGCAUUGAUGAAAAAUGGCCUGAAUUAGCUAGAACCUUGCUCUAUGACUAUUCAAAAAGAAAUAUCAUAACUGUAGAAGGCAAUUUUGGUGGUAAACCAGUAAGAAAAAAUUAUAGAUUAAUGAACAAAGAGUUAAUAUUCGAAGAAUGCGAAUCUAAUUUAAAUCCUUUAAGACUUCAUCAGAAUUUAACAGCAAUGAGUUUAUGGCAAGCAGUUAUUCCAUCUUCUAAAAACAUAAAAUAUAGAUUCAAUCAUUAUGUUGAAGACCGUAAUAAAUAUUUAGAAGCACCCUAUAUGCCUCAACUUAUAGCAAAUGCAAGAGAACAAAUUACAAAAGUUCUUAAAGCCGAAUUGCGUAAAAAAGAUCAAAUAAAAACUGCAUUAAUUGCUCAAUGUAUAUAUUCUGGGCAUGUUAGCAAAAGGAAAGACAAACUUAAAAGUUCAUUAACUAUAAUUGCUUAUCACAGAAGCCUUAUGCGUAUUAUUCUUACAGAAGAAGAUAUCAAUGAACAUAUAAAUUUAUCCAUAUCAGAAAUAGAUAAUGCUAUAGACUCAUUUAUGCAAGAAGGAUCAGAAAUGAAUUUGGUAAGGAUUGAAAUGUUAACUAUUGAAGCUUAUACUUUUCGAAGAACAACUGGUGGAUCAUAUAUCUCCACUUCAAAGAAGCUUGCUAAUACCAAAUGCACAAUAAAUCCAGAUAAUUCUGAUAUUAUAAAUCCAGCAACAGUCAAGCUAGAUGGAAUCCCAAUGCCUACACCAAUUUGCUCAUAUAUAUUUAAUAAGAUAGAAGAGAUGAAUCCAGAUAUUUCUAUUAAUGUUUGGGAAUGGAAAAAAGAAACAGCUACUCCCAAAGCAGUAAUAGCUAGCAAAAACUAUAAAAGACAACAUAUUAUUGACCUUAUGGCUCUUAUAGAUAUUACGAAAUCUAAAGACAAGUAUGAGCAAAAAAACCACUUUUUUUGGAUAAAAAAUUUAGAUGGGCUAGUUAAUGGGGAUACCGCUCAUCAUGGUAAAAGAUAUCUUUGUAGAAAAUAUACUAUAAGCUUGCCAUCAGAAAAAGCAUUUGCAAAUCAUUUUGAACAUUGUCUUCGUUUGGGAGAAGCAACUCAAAAAGUCAAAUUACCUAUCAAGGAUAUCAAUGACUUUGAGAAGUUUAAGAAUUAUGGACGAAUGAUCAAUGCUCCAU